GGAUGUGUAUGAUUACGUGAGUUUUGGUGGGAAGUUUUGUUUUACAUGUCUCCAACAUGUAGGACAGGUAUGACCUCGAAUGAAUUAUUGCUACCUUUUGUCUUUGGGCAUAAGAACAAUAAAGAACAGUAGGCGUGGACUGUCCUCGCUGAUGCAGAGAAGACAUACGAGAGAGAGCAGAGCAGAGCGCACGAGAGGCAGAGCGCACACGACUCAAAGAGUGCAACAUGGGAACAUGUGAGACACUUUAUGUUUGAGCCCCAAUACUUCCGAACAGUUACAAGAAAUACGUGUAAUAGACAACCUAUUCUUGAGACGCACUGUGAUAACCUCGAUGGGAUGAAAACACGUAUAUCUCUCUUUUCAACUGGCGACCUUGCAGCACUUAACCAGCGCACCUUUUGCAUCUACUUUGGAUUUGGAAAGAGCGGGAGAGCCUUCGCUGCCUGCCUGCCGCUGACAAAACACCAUUUAGCGAUGUGGAUAUUUCAUCUGCUUCCCGUGUUCUGUGUUUGGCUUAACUGUGAGAGUGUGUUUGCCGCAUCUUUUGAGUGUCCUCCGAUGUGUGAAUGCUCUAUCAACAGAAUCAGAUGCAAUAACGGGACAGAGCAUGCCGCUACUUUGACUCAAAAGAAACCUGGCAAAGAUAUAAAUCUUAUGGGCAUAUCGCUGAAGGUCAUCAGCAGCCGCAGCUUUGAUGGACUGCGAGAGGUGACGAGCAUAUCAAUAACCCAGAGCAUCACACUGGAAAGGAUACAACCUCUAGCAUUCAACAGUCUCUAUAAUCUCACAGAUAUCACUAUCAAAAACACAAGGAACCUGGUGCACAUCGGCCAACGGGCGUUCAACAACCUCCCAAAGUUAAAACAUCUAGUCAUUUCAAACACUGGGAUUACGGUAUUCCCUGAUUUCACUGCAGUCUCUUCUCUUAAUCCCAGUUUUGAACUUUUGGAAAUGUGUGAUAAUCUCCUCCUGACUUCAAUACCACCAAAUGCUUUUCUUGGAAUUGCUAUUGCAACCAUGAAUCUCUACAACAAUGGUUUCAAAGAGAUAAGAAGCCAUGCCUUCAAUGGGACAAAGAUAGAACAACUUUCCUUAAAGAACAACAGAAACCUGCGUGUGAUUCACCAAGAGGCCUUUACAGGAGCUGUAGGCCCUGUCUUGCUGAAUGUGUCGUCAUCAGUGCUGGAGACCCUACCACCCCGUGGCCUUGAGUCCGUUGAAGUGCUGGUUGCAGAGAGUGCAUUUGCGCUGAAGAGACUUCUGAAUUUCAACAGCCUUCUGAGCCUCAGGGAUGCCAAGCUGACCUAUCCCAGCCACUGCUGUGCUCUGAACUCCUGGGAUGCCCACAGGGAAUCACCUCUAAUUGCUGCAAUGAGCAAUGGGUCCAUAUCCUGGGAUAGCAUUUCAGAAGCAGAAGUUUUAGAACAAUAUCCAGACCUAGACCCAGAAAGGCUACCCCUGAAGUGUACCCCAGAGCCCGACGCAUUCAACCCCUGUGAGGACCUGGCGGGUUUUGGCUUCCUGCGCGUGGCUAUCUGGCUAAUCAACAUCCUGGCCAUCAUUGGCAACCUGACCGUUCUGUUGGUGUUCUUCACCAGCGGCACCAAGCUGACGGUCCCACGCUUCCUGAUGUGCCACCUGGCCUUCGCCGACCUCUGUAUUGGCAUCUACCUGCUGAUGAUUGCAGCUGUGGACCUGCGGACUCGCGGUCACUACAGCCAGCACGCCAUCGAGUGGCAGACGGGUGCCGGCUGCAGCGUGGCGGGAUUCCUGGCCGUGUUCGGCGGGGAGCUGUCCGUCUACACUCUCUGCAACAUCACCCUGGAGCGCUGGCACACCAUCACCCACGCGCUGCGGCUGGAGCGCCGCCUGGGGCUGUCGCACGCCACCGCCAUCAUGGCCGCCGGCUGGCUGCUGUGCCUGGGCGUGGCGCUGCUCCCCCUAGUGGGUGUCAGCAGCUACAGCAAGGUGAGCAUGUGCCUGCCCAUGGACAUCGAGACACCGCUGGCCCAGGCCUUCGUCAUCCUGCUGCUCCUUCUCAACGUGGCUGCCUUCCUGGUGGUGUGUGUAAGCUACGUGCGCAUUUACGUCGCCGUGCACAACCCAGAGUUCCCGGGCCGCAACGCUGACACCAAGAUCGCCAAGCGCAUGGCCGUGCUCAUCUUCACCGACUUCCUGUGCAUGGCCCCCAUCUCAUUCUUCGCCAUCUCGGCCGCUUUCAAGAUGCCCCUCAUCACCGUCACGAACUCCAAGAUCCUGCUGGUUCUCUUCUACCCCAUCAACUCGUGCGCCAACCCAUUCCUGUACGCCAUCUUCACAAAGGCCUUCCGGAAGGAUGCCUGCAAGCUCUUGAGCUCCAUGGGCUGCUGCAAGAGCAAGGCUGGCCUGUACCGCAUGAAGACAUACUGCUCUGGGAAAAUAGCCCAAAGCCACCCAGACGGGGCACGCAAAGAUCCAGGGGUGCGACACCUGUCGGCUUUCCAGCACCAGAAACCCAAAAUUGAGACAAAGGGCAAACAUUUGGAGCCAGCGUUUUUGGCGAUCAUUAACUUCGAGGCAAGAAAAGAUCCAACUUUACUUUACCGCUUAUUUUUUCUUUGCCUAAAGAAAAUGGAUUUUAAAGUAGCUACUUGGAUUGUGUGUUUACUUCUUGCACCGUUUGCCUCUGCACUCAUUGACGACAGCCUAUCCUCCUCACAUUCUGGACACCCCGUCCAUCUGGCUCGACAGCCACGCUCCCCCAGGCCUACGACAGGCCCGGAGCCCCUCAUUGUCCCGGGCCGAGCCGCUAGUGUCCACCUGAGCCCAGACAAGAUCAAGCUGCUCCGUUUCAGGCCAACCGUGGGCACCAUCAACCUCUCUGAGGGAAUGGACGUGACCCUCAACUGCUCCAUCGACGUCACCGGCUUGGGCAAGCCGGACCUGACCAUCCUAUGGAUCAAGAAUGGGGUGGAGGUACCGUACGGCUUGCAAACUGAUCUUCACAUUGAUGGCCAGUUUAGUCUGCUUUCCAAAAUGAGAAUCUCAAAAGUACAGCGUGCUGAUGCGGGAGAGUAUCGCUGCAGGAUUGGUGUCAGUAACACCUUGAUUGAAUCAGACCCCAUUAAAGUAGAGGUUGAAGGUUUGCCAACAUUCACAAAACAGCCCAGUGACGUGAACGUGACCCAGAAUACCCCUUUUGACCUGACCUGUGAGGCUGUGGGUCCUCCUCACCCGGUCACAAUUUGGUGGUACCACAACGGAGUGCGGAACAUCUCUGAGCCCUCUCCCAGUACCAUCCGCAUCACAGGUGUUGACAAGCCCACCCAGUACAGCUGUGAAGCCAUUAACUCAAGGGGUCUUACCUUGUCCAGAGAGGCACACAUUAACAUCAAAGGUCUGCCAGCUCGUAUCACUGGCCUGACUGUGACGGAGCAGGGCUCCAAUAGGUUGACCCUGGCCUGGACGCCGGGGCACAAUGGCUUCUCUCCCCUCUCCAACUGCUCCAUCUCGGUGCGUGAGCUCAACAGAAAGGACAAUCCUACAAGAGUGGUCAAUGCCCACGUGCCACCGUUCCAGCACGAUGUGACCGGGCUGAAGGCCAUGACCAAGUACAACAUGAGUGUAUACUGUACCAAUGAGGUGGGCAAGUCACAGCCCAGCACAUGGGUCAAGACAGAGACGCCUGAGGGAGUGCCCUCAGAGCCACCCCGUAACGUGUCCGUGCAGCUGAACGAGUCGGUGAUGGUCAUCCGCUGGUUGCCGCCACCCCCAGACAAGAUCAAUGGGAUCCUGAAGGGCUAUGACGUUAUCAUCAAGCAUGGUGUGAAUGGCACCCACUUGAACAAGAUUUCUAGCCCCACAACCGAGGCCACAUGGGUUUUGUCUGCAUUUAACACAACCUACAGCAUCCAGAUAGCAGCUCGCACACAAGCAGGCAGUGGAGCUCUCAGCUCACGCUUCUGGAUACGAGUCAACCAGUCAGCUUCAGGCACGGCUGUGAUUCCUCCCUUCGGCCCGGACAAGCACGGCUCUGACUCGGUGUAUGUGGUGCUGGGGGUGGUGUGCGGCAUCUGCCUGCUUAUCGUGGUUCUCUGGGUCGCCGCAUGCACCCGCAGCAGACUCAUGGAGACGCGGCUGGGGCAGCUCUUCACAAACGAGGGGAAGUUUCAGCCCACAGUUCAGUACAGACCCCAGAGGUCUUAUAACCGCUCGGCCAUCGAGAUCACAUUGGCCAACCUGGGUGUGAGCGCGGAGCUACAGGCUAAAUUGCAGGACGUGAUGAUUGUGAGGGCCCUGCUGUCCAUAGGGAAGAUCUUAGGAGAGGGAGAGUUUGGGUCGGUGGUCGAAGGUCAUUUGAGGAAGCCAGAUGGAACUUCUGAGAAAGUGGCAGUGAAGACAAUGAAAUUGGAUAACUUCUCUCAGAGGGAGAUUGAAGAGUUCCUAAAUGAGGCAGCCUGCAUGAAGGACUUCCACCACCCGAAUGUCAUUGGGCUCAUGGGUGUAUGUUUGGAGGUCGGCUCUAAUCAUUUUCCGAAACCCAUGGUCAUUCUACCCUUCAUGAAGUACGGUGACCUCCACAGCUAUCUGCUCCGCUCUCGACUUGGAGAAAGUUCUGUGUACUUGCCCACACAGAUGCUUCUCAAAUUUAUGAUUGACAUCGCCUUGGGUAUGGAGUACCUCAGUAGCCGGAACUUUCUGCAUAGAGAUCUUGCUGCGCGAAAUUGCAUGCUACGUGAUGACAUGACCGUGUGUGUGGCAGACUUUGGCUUGUCAAAGAAGAUAUACAGUGGUGACUAUUACCGGCAAGGAAGAAUAGCCAAGAUGCCUGUGAAGUGGAUAGCCGUGGAGAGCCUGGCAGACCGAGUCUUCACUGUGAAGAGUGACGUGUGGGCCUUUGGUGUGACAAUGUGGGAAAUUGCAACACGUGGCAUGACACCAUAUCCUGGGGUCCAAAACCAUGAGAUAUAUGACUACCUGCUGGACGGUCACAGAUUGAAGCAGCCAAAUGACUGUCUAGAUGAACUCUAUGAGAUCAUGUAUAGCUGCUGGCGGGCGGACCCUCUGGACCGGCCUGACUUUACCCAGGCGAGAGAGCUUCUGGAGAAACUGGCCGAAAAGCUUCCGGAAGUUUCCAGCCGCGAGAACCUCAUCUACAUCAACACCAGCUUCCCUGAAGAGGACCCGACAACAUCAGCAGGAGCAGCAGCAGAGCCUGCUGAGUUCCAACUAGACGUGGGUCCGGUGGCUUGUUCAUCACCAGCCUGCAGCCGGCAGAGCAUGGACACCUCCAUCGUCACCGCAGACAUUCACGAGAGUGGCAAGGAGGACGAAGAGGGGGAUGAGGAUGACCGCUAUGUCAUCGUCAUCUCCUCAGAGGACCCCUCUGUGACGGGUGGUCCGGCUGCUGUGAACGCGCCACUCUUGUCCAGGGAGGGUCAGGACCAGGCCCUUAGUGACUCAGAUGCAUCUGAGCGAAGGACAGAACAGGGCCCAAGCGAUAUCACACGCUUACUGUGAUAAGUGAAACAAUUCCAGUGUUCACCUCCCAUAAUAGCCAAAAAGUCUGGAGACACUAUUAAAGAUGAUCAAUUUGCCUAGUCUGUUGGUUGUGUGAUGUGAUGCCUAAUGCCAGUAUUUUGUUAGGUCAUCAUUGUUUUCAAUGGUUUGAUUCAAAAUUCAAUAGGAAAUAUUUGUGCCCAUAUUGCGAAGACAUGCAUCUGCCUCCUGUCAAGGAUGCUUUUCCUUGAUAUGAAUUAAUUGUGGGUAUUUUGUGUGUGUGUGUGUGUGUGAGAGAGAGAGAGAGAAUGAGAAUGAGUGAGUUCUACAUGUGAUUUGUGUGUAUAUAUUGUAUUUGUAUAUGAUUUGUAAAUGAGUCUUUUUUCUAAUGAGUCAUUUUCUAUUUACCAUGCUCUACUUUUGUGAAGAUUACUUAAAUUGUGUUAUGUGCUUAAAAUAUGUGAAAAGAAUGAUAUUAUAUAAAAAUAUAAUAAACUGACCAAAUGUUAA